UCAUCAUCAUCGUCAUUAUCAUUGUGAUUGAUUUCGAUCAGCCAAACAUUUGAUCGAAUGUCAAGCAUCUCAUAAUUGGAUAAACAAUUUUCAAUAUUUCUUUUUGCUCAAGUCAAUUAAAGCAACCAACAAACCGAACAACAUUAUUAUUUAAAAAAAUGCCAUUCAUUGGUCAAGAUUGGCGUUCACCCGGUGAAGUAUGGAUAAAAACUAUUGAAGGUUGGGAACCAAUGAAAUUAUUACGUAAAUCACAUUUUGUUCGUCAUGUUGUUUAUCAACAACAACAACAACAACUACGUGAACAACAACUACAACGACAUGAACAACAACAACAACAUUAUCAUCAUAUGGAUGAUUGUUUACCAUCAUCAUCAUCCGUAUCACCAUCACCUAAUUUUGAUGUUGAUGAUCAUCAAACUGUUGAUGUUGAAUUAUCACCACCACCACCAAAAUCAUCAUCAUCAUUAUCAUCAUCAUUGGAUAGUAAUCAAAGUCUGCAAACAGAUUCUGAUUCAGAAAAUGAAUCAAUAUUGAUUGGUUUAAAUGAUAAUAAUAAUGUUAUUGUGGUUGGCGGUGGCGAUAAUCAUCAUUUAAAUCAUCAUCGAUCAUCUGAUCCUGUACCUGUACCAGGUAAACGUGAUCGUCAUGAAUCUGGUGAUAGUUUAACAUUGGCAACAACAACAACAACAACAACAAGUUCUUCUUCUUGUUGUGGUUCAUCAUCAUCAUUAUCAAAUGAUUCAAUUUCCGAACAACAACAAAAUGCUGAUGAUAAUUCUGGUUUUACAAUUGCCGAUAUUAUACAACGUUUACAACGUUCAUCAUCACAACCAAUACCAAUGGAUAUUUUAAAAGAAUCAUCUGAACAAAUUGAAAUUUAUUAUCAACAACCAUAUUAUCGUAUAACAAUGAAUCCAACACGUGAAGUACAAGGUUCGAAUAUAAUAUCCGAUGCAUUUUAUCGUUUAGAUUUUUGUAAUGCAAUACGUGAUAUACGGAGAUUUGCUUAUGUAAGCAAACUGUUACAUCUGUUGAUUACACAAAAUUUAACAUCAUUAAGUGGUAAUGCAACUAAAGCAUUAUUCUGGAUGCUGGAAGAAAUCGCUAAACAAGUUGCAUCGAAUAAGCAAAAUAUUCAUGUUAUUCGUGAAUUAUUGAUUGAACUACGUGAAAUUGUUGAUAAAUAUUUAUGUUGGGGACGACCAUUAGGUUCAACAUCAUUAUGGGAACAACAUCUUCGUACAAUGGAACGUAUUUGUGAAAUGACCGAUGCUAUUGAAAUUACACCGCCUAAACCUGGUGAUGGAAAACCAUCAUGGUCAGAAUUACCGGAAGAAUUAAUACGAGAAAUUCUUUUACGUCUUUCUGAUUAUAAAGAUUUGAAACGUUCAGCACAAGCUUGUCAACGUAUGAAUUCAUUGCUAAAUGAAGAACAACAUAUAUGGAAACAAUUGGUUAAAUAUCAUUUUACAAAAGAUCAAUUACGUUGGUCAUUACGUAUGAUUUCAAUUGAUUUUAAUAAUCAAUUUGAACAAAUCAAUACGAACAAAACUACUAAUGACAAACAAAAAUCAACGAAAAUGAAUAUCAAUAUUGAAAUUGAUCAAAAUUCUGAUCCAAUAAUCGAUCAAAAUGAUGAUAAUGAUCAAAAAAUAAUUAUAGAUUGGGAACGUUUAUUUCAUUUAUUACGAAAAAAAUUUGGCCUAAAAGAAGAAUAUGCUGAUUGUCUAUUCUUAUGUCGUUAUUGUCGUUGUCUUUUUUGGAAGUCAAAAAAUCAUCCUUGUAUCCUAGAGAAUCCGGAUCUCACUAGACAAGUAUUAGUAACAUCACCGUUAACUGGUUUCAAAUCAACACACCAUAAUCAUCAUUCAACAAAAUAUCCAAGCAGCAGUAAUAAUUCACAACAACAACAACCAUUAGCAGCUAUACUAAGAUCACGAUCGCUUGCAUUUAAUCAUGCGAAUAAUUCAUUAAAUCAACGUCCACCAAUGAUACCACCAAAUGUACAACAACAACAACAAAAUCAAUUACCAAACGAACCGGUUAUUGUACAGAAUUUACCAUUUUUUGAACAUCCAUUAGUUAUUCAACGACAACGACAACGAAAUGAUCAGGAUCAGGAUCAAAAUCAACCAAAUGCAAAUGAACAAAACGCAACAGCUCCAACAAAUCGACAACAACCGCAAACAACAUUUCAAAAAGCACCGUUACAUGUUCCAAUAACACCGCAAGCAUUUUUGAAAUUUUUUUCACUUUAGGGCAAACAAACAAAA